CUUUGGCUUUGUUGUUGUCACUAAGCAAGAUUUAGAUGGCCGACUAAAACGUAACCCACAUACAAAGACAAAUUCCUCAUUAUAACGUCACAUUUUUCGUGGGUUUUAUGGAUUUUUGUAUUGUCUCACCUACACGUGAGUUUAAUUCCAACUGGAGAAAUCAAUUGCUAUUAGGAAACACCUCCACGAAGUCCUCUAAGAUCCCGGUAUAGUUUUUGUCGGCCUGCUGAAUGAGCGCCGCAUGGGAACUUGAGUGUUGUGUUUCCACUCAAACGCGCCGCGUAAACACAACAACUUGACUUUGUACAAUCAUUUACUGUCGUCAUGUUGAAGUCCAAAACCUUCGUGAAGAAGACGCGCACUGGGAAAGUGAUGAAAAUAGUGCGUGAGCAUUACCUGAGAGAUGAUAUUUGGUGUGGAAGUGAGGUGUGCGGCCAGUGCGGGCAGGAGUCCGCCGUGCUGCGGAGAGAUGCCAGCAUUGAGAGCAACCUGUGCUCUUUUCCACAUUACCUGCUGCCAGACACCAAUGUAGUCCUGCAUCAGAUUGAUGUGCUGGAGGACCCUGUGAUUCGCAACGUGAUCAUCCUCCAGACAGUACUACAGGAAGUACGCCACCGCAGUGCGCCAAUCUAUAAACGCUUGAAGGACCUCAUAAAUGAAAAAGAAAGAUACUUCUACACCUUUACCAAUGAACACCACAGAGAAACAUUCAUCGAGCGCGAACCGGGGGAGAGCGCCAAUGACAGGAAUGACCGAGCAAUCCGCGUGGCGACCAAAUGGUACAGCCAGCACUUGAACAAGUCUGACGCCGAUGGCCUUAAUGUGGUACUCCUUACUAAUGACCAGGGGAACAAGCAGAAGGCAGAAGAGAGCGGUCUGCUGGUGUACAAAUUUGAGGAGUACGUCAAAGGCUUGAUAGCAAAUCCUGAGCUGUUGGAUCUCCUGGCGUUGACAAACGAUGACAAGAAUGACAUCACCAGCCGUAAAGUGCUAUUCCCAGAGCACUUCCCGCUAUCCAGGAUCCAGGCAGGCAUCAAAAGCGGCUCCAUUAUCCAAGGGACCUUCAAGGCCAGCAGGGAAAACUACCUGGAGGCCUCAGUCUUUAUCCAAAAAGAUGGCGAAGACAGCACGGAGGUCCUCAUCCAGGGUCUCCAGAACCUCAAUAGAGCCGUGCAUAAAGAUGUGGUGGCUGUGGAGCUGUUGCCUUGCAGCCAGUGGGUGGCGCCCUCUGCUGUUGUGCUGCAGGACGUGGGCUCUGCCAAGGAUGACGGCGAUGAUGAAGAAGAGGAGGAAGCUCUGGGAAGUUCAGAAGAUGUGGUCGACAAGAAGCUCACGGGCAAAAUAGUGGGCAUCAUCAAGAGGAGUUGGAGACCUUUCUGUGGCAUGCUCAAUGUCUCCCAAAUUAAAGAGUCCACACGCCACAUUUUCACACCAGCAGACCGCCGCGUUCCACGUGUUCGCAUCGUAACACGCCAGUCGUCCACGUUGGCAGGCCAGAGGAUCCUGGUGGCCAUCGACGGCUGGCCCAAGGACUCCAGAUAUCCAAACGGUCACUUUGUCCGUAGCCUGGGCCCCGCCGGGGAGAAGGACACAGAGGAGGAAGUCCUCCUGCUGGAGCACGACGUUCCUCAUCAGGCCUUCUCUAAAGCCGUGCUCAGUUUUCUCCCCAAAAUGCCAUGGUGCAUCAAACCGGAGGACAUGGUGGUGAGGGAGGACUUGAGACAUCUGACCGUGUGCAGCGUGGAUCCUCCAGGAUGUACAGACAUUGAUGAUGCUCUGCACUGCAGAGAGCUGGGCAAUGGAAACUUUGAGGUGGGAGUCCACAUCGCAGAUGUCAGUCACUUCAUCAGACCUGGAAACGCUCUGGACAAAGAAGCCGCCUGCCGAGGAACAACCGUUUACCUCUGUGGCAAGAGGAUUGAUAUGGUUCCUGAGCUGCUGAGCUCCAAUCUUUGUUCCCUGCGCUCCAACGUGGAGAGGCUGGCUUUCUCGUGCAUCUGGGAGAUAAACCAAGAGGCGCAAAUUGUUAAAACACGCUUCACAAAAAGCGUCAUCAACUCAAAGGCGUCUCUGACCUACGCGGAGGCCCAGAUGAGGAUCGACGACACCAGCAAGAACGACGACGUCACCAAGAGUCUGCGCGGCCUCAACAAGCUCGCCAAAAUCCUCAAAAAAGGGAGGAUAGAGAAAGGGGCGCUGACGCUGUCCUCCCUGGAGGUCCGCUUCCACAUGGACAGUGAAACUCACGACCCCAUUGAGCUCCAGACCAAAGAGCUCAUGGAGACCAACUCCAUGGUGGAAGAGUUCAUGUUGCUGGCCAACAUUUCAGUCGCCCAGAAGAUCUACGACGAGUUCGCAGAUUGCGCCUUGCUGAGGAAGCAUCCAGCACCACCGCCAUCCAACUACGACAUCCUCCUCAAAGCUGCCAAGUCCAAGGCGGUGCACAUCCAUACGGAUUCAGCCAAGGCGCUGGCCGACUCGCUAGAAUUAGCCAAAGUGGACGACUUCCCGUACUUCAACACGCUCCUGCGCAUCCUGGCCACUCGCUGCAUGAUGCAGGCGGUCUACUUCUGCUCGGGCAUGGACCGGGACUUUCACCACUAUGGUCUGGCGUCGCCAAUCUACACACACUUCACCUCGCCCAUCAGGAGGUAUGCUGAUAUUAUCGUACACCGCCUGCUGGCCGUGGCCAUCGGCGCCGAUUGCACCUACCCGGACUUGACCGACAAGCAUAAACAGUCGGCCCUGUGCAACAAUCUCAACUACAGACACAAGAUGUCCCAGUAUGCUCAGAGGGCGUCCGUGGCCUUCCACACACAGUUGUUCUUCAAGACCAGAGGCAUUCUGAGCGAGGACGGCUUCGUCCUCAUGCUGAGGAAGAACGCCAUCAUUGUCCUCAUCCCAAAGUUCGGCCUGGAGGGCACGGUCUUCUUCGAAGGCAAAGACAAGAGAGGCCCAAGCCUGGUGUUUGAUGCCGAGGCUCCAUCUCUGACUGUGGAGCAGCACACCUUCCAUAUUUUUGACCGAGUGAAAGUCACCAUCAGCCUGGAUGACUCCAACAUUCAACACCAGAAGAUCCGCAUGGCUCUCACUGAGCCUGUGAUUCCUGGUGUGAGUGUUCCAGUCCCAGAUGCUGGACCACAAGCCAAGAAACCCAAGCUGGACCGCUGAUGCUCUCCUUCAACAACUCUCAGACUCAUCUUUGGACAUUUUAAUAAAGUGACAUCAUGUAUUGGUGGUUAUAUUUCUGGAUGUACACACUUUUAACAUGAUGUAUUGGUGGUUAUAUUUCUGGGUGUACACACUUUUAACAUGAUGUAUUGGUGGUUAUAUUUCUGGAUGUACACACUUUUAACAUGAUGUAUUGGUGGUUAUAUUUCUGGAUGUACACACUUUUAACAUGAUGUAUUGGUGGUUAUAUUUCUGGGUGUACACACGUUUAACCGUCUACAAGAGGGCUGUCCAAAGUGUCUCACAGCUCCUUUUUCAUUGGCCCACAACAACAUUCAUUAUUAUUGAUAAAUGUUCUUAUAUAUUACACAUGAAUGUGCUUUGUCUUAGCACAAGGCUAGUUUAGCAUAUAUUGACCUACAUUGGAUUGAUUUUAGCAUCUUUGAACGCACAAAAUGUAUCAAAGUGUCCCCCACAUACUUCAAUAGUUUGGACAUCCCUGGUUUGUAGCUAUGUAAACUGAUAUCUUUAAAUUAAUAUUUUAUUGCAUUGCAAAACAAUUUACCCUAUUUUCCCGUACAAUUCUCCGCUACAUUUUCCUCAAACUUUGAACCCUGCGGCUUAUCUGUGAAUUUUCCUUUGCUAACGGCUACAUUUAAGCAAAGAAUUGGAACAAUGCACUAAAAUAAUCCAAUUUAAGAAACGGUUCCAACUCAAAGUGUUUAUGGGGACUGCAAAAAUACCUGUGGCAGUGGGGGCGUGGUCACCAUGACAUCAAAUCAUUUGUAUAUAUAAAUAAUGUAUACAUACAUUUAAAACAAAUGUUCUUAAUUAGUAUUAACAUUUUUUUUUAUCGUUUUGCCAUAUUUUCAAUUGCAGUUGCUUUUUGUACAAUUUACUUUGUUGAGAUUAUUUCAAGUGUUUUUGUUUUUUUUAAUUAAAAACAACUAGC